CUUCCACGACCAUCAUUUUCCACCGGAAAAAGCUGACAUAACAUAACAGGACAAUCAAGAAUAUUCUUUGUCUCUCUCACUCUAAGUAGUCAAUACUGCAACCCUAGCCCAAAAGCUAGUUUUUUUGUCUUAUUCAACUGUCUCAAUAAAGUUCCCUCCAAAUCUUGCUUCAAUUUUCCCUCCAAAACAAUCUGCCUCUAUUAUUCCCUCCACUUUUGAAACCCUAAUCCCUUUCUCACUCUCUCUCUGCUUCCUUUCCUAACCUCUCCUUAGUAAGUUCUUAUUUCUACUCCAAUUUUGUUUGUAAGCUUUCGCCUAAAUUUUUUUUUGUGUAAAUUGUCCCUUUCUUUAUGUAAAAGUCUAUGCUUUUUAGGGAUUUAAUGAAUCGCAGUGAAAAAAUGGGUUCUCUUGGAGACAACUAUGGCGAAAUUAAACCCUCUGAAAUGACCCCAAGCACCGAUUUUUCACAUGCCGAGACUCAACCCUUUGACUUCGACUCUCAGUUUUCCCUUCCUCCCUUUUCUGGUGACAAAGCUGAUAUUGAGGAUGGUGUUGAAUUAAACUAUCUACAAAGUACGGUUCCUUUCGAUGAUAAUAAUGGUCUCGCCGAUUAUGAAUUGGAGACCCAAGUUUUGAACCUUGGUGGUGAAACUCAAGUGUUGAACUUUGGUAGUGAAACACAGGUGUUGGAUGAUUUAGAUUGCUUUGAGAAUAUGGAGACGCAAUUGUUGGAUGAAUUCAAUGACGAAGUUGCUCCGGAUAGCGACGGUGAAGGAACGGAUGGAACUGAGGUUUUGGAUGAUGAUGAUGAGGUCUCCAAUAAUGAGGUAGUAAGAGGAGAUUGUGGUCAAUCGUUGGGCCAGGAGGAGAAGAAGGAAUCUUUGGAGCAAUGUAAUGCUUCUAUUGAUGAACAGAGGAGUUCGGGAAUCCAUGUUUCCACAGCAACACCGGAUGUCAAAUCUGUGCCAGAAUCGAAAUGUGGAUCUGUGCGAAGGUUUACUUCAGUUCGUGCAGCAUCCUUGCGGGCCUCUGGUCUUGUAACUCGCAAAGCAGCAUUACAGGGAAUGAACAGUGGAUGUUCCAUCUGGACCAAUAGUCAGUUUUCAGAUCACUGCACAGUCGAUAGUAAUGGCUUAAAUCCUAAAGUUGUGGACAAGAUUAGUCAGGCGCAUGAGCAGGGGAAUUAUGAAAAGAACUCAAUUGGUUUAAGGCAUGGAAUCAAUUUCAGGGUUGGUUAUUCAACUGCAAGAAAACUUUUUGCCGAGGAUUACUUUGCUGAAAAUCAAGGACUUCCUUGCAGCAGUGAAAAUGUAGAUGCAAGAGAAGACUUGCUCCGGAUUCCUGAUUGUGAUGGUCCAUUAACAGGUUUAAGUUAUAUUGACUCUCAAGAACCUGGGGAGUUAUCACAAGCUAAUGCCCUUAAUUUUGUGGAAAGAUUUGUAAAUGAUAAUUUGAUGGAACUUGAUGAUGAAGUUGAUCUUGGAAAGAGUGUAGGAGGAAAAUCAAAAUUUAUUUCGUGUGCAAAAGGGCCACAAAGUUUGGCCAAGAAAACUAUUGAAAGAAGCACAGCUGGUGAAGAAGGGAUUUUUGACUGGGAUGAUUUGCUGGAGGAUGAAGGAGGUGGUGAUAUCUAUUGUAGAAGGAAGGAAGAAUUUUAUGGUAAUAGACGCUAUGCACAAAAGUCUUCUAGCCACACCCAGAAGCCUAAAGGAAGGAAACUAGAUGAAUCUUGUAAUAAAGACCAACCAAAGUCCCAUGAUAAAAUGAUAGUUCAUUCUGAUUUAAAAUUUUUGUUGUGCAAGUCAAAAGAUAAUGACAAGACACUACGAAAAGGUCAAAUGAGUUUUAGAAAGAAUCUUAUCAAUGAGUUUGAUGAACAAUUUAACUCAAAUUCCUCAAGAGGACAAUUGGAAGCCAAUGCUGCAAAGACAGGUGCUGCUAAAGAAUUAAAUGUAGGUUUCGACACUCAGAUGGCUGCUGAAGCUAUGGAAGCCUUAUUCUAUGGGGAGGCAGCUACUGACCAGAAUGCUAAUCAAGGUGUCCAAACCAUAUCUAAGGGUUCCUCUAAAGGCUCAUUUAGAGGAAAAUCUGGGAAGAGAGUUUCUUCUAGAGAAUGCACAUUGAGAAAGGGCGUUUCUUGUUCUGUUGCUGUUCCAGUUACAAGACGUUCCAAGAGAACUAAGUCAGGUAAAGAGUCUUCAGUUUUGCGGGAGAAACAUCCCAAGAAUGUCAGGAAGGAGUGUGAUAUAGAGCUGCUUCUUCCAAAAAUGAAGAAAGCUAAACCAAAUACUGAUGAGCCCCAAAUUGCUGGUGGAAUUGAUAUGGACAAGAUGCCCACUAAGAGUGUCAAGCAAAGAAAGGCAGAUGGAGCUUUGGAAAGGAGUCAACUUAAUGAAACUGGAAAAUCAACUAGGGGCCUCUCAAUUAAGAAACGGCAUCAUGAGGAGGUUCAUACUAUUAUUGCUCAUCAAAAGAAGCAGUCCUUAAUCACAAGUAUGCAAAUGGCUGAGACUCCGGCCAGUGACUGUAGAAAAGGUAGAAAACAUAAAAAAGAGGUUGGUUUCCUUGAAGAAAAUAAAACUGGGAGUACAGAUGUUAAGUUAUCUGAAGUGUCAAAUGCUAAAGGGCAACUUUCUAAGUUGCAUUCCAAUCAAUCAGGAGAACAUGGAAAUGCAAAUGUCAAAUCAAGUGAUAAUGACCGAUUGCAGUUGGAGCUGAUUGUGAGGAGUGAUGGCAAUCAUGCAUUGAGCAAUCCCAAACAAAGAUCCGGCCAGAAAAUGUCCGUUGAUGUUGGUGAAUCUGAUAACUUUGAAGCACAGUCCAAAAAACCUGUUCAGCAAGAUGACAAUGGACAAUCAAUUGCUGUGCCCAAAAGGUCCAGAAGAAACAAUAGAAGCACAUGCAUUCCUUCAACCACUAGGAGGAUAACACGAUCAUCUGUGAAUACUUGUCCAGUUCUUUAUUUUGCAGACCAGAAUUCAGAAGGAAAUUUGUCUCAUCAAAGUUCAGAUAAACAAGGUUCAGUGGAUGAUACACCUAAUUGCAAUUCUACUGAGAAGAAUGGGAGGAUGAUAUCAACAAACAUAAUUGGGCCUGAGGCAGCAAAGGCAGUCAAGCACUCUGGUGGAAACCCUGAUGCAGUUUCUUCGCCAAUUGCAGAAAGCACUCUGGUGAAUGUUGCUUCUGAUAAAUUGCUGAAAGAGAAAUCGAGAUCAGCUGGUUCUGUAUGCACUACGCCAGUUAACUGUCCAGCGCCUAUCAAUGCUGCAUCACCUGUUUGUAUGGGUGAUGAAUAUUUUAAACAAUCAUGCAAGAGCCUGUCAAAACCUUCACUUAUCAAAGAACUCAGAAGUUUAAACCCCAUAGAGCCAGAACCUAUUUCUCCCUUAAAAGAUAUGAGGAAGAGAAGGGAUUUGGCUAAUGUUAGAGUCUUGUUCAGCAACCACCUAGAUGAGAAUAUAAUUAAACAGCAGAAAAAGGUCUUGGCCCGCCUAGGUAUCUCUGAGGCAUCAUCUAUUUUAGAUGCGACACACUUUAUAACUGAUAAAUUUGUGCGCACUAGGAAUAUGUUGGAAGCAAUUGCUUCUGGCAAACCAGUUGUCACACAUUUAUGGCUUGAAAGCAUUGGACAGGUUAAUAUUCACAUUGAUGAAGAAGCUUAUGUAUUGAGGGAUAUCAAAAAAGAGAAAGAGCUCGGCUUUUGCAUGCCAGUUACUUUAGCACAUGCACGCAAGCGACCCUUAUUACAGGGUCGAAGAGUUUUAAUCACCCCAAAUACGAAGCCGGGUAAAGAAACAAUCUGUCAUUUGGUGACAGCAGUUCAUGGUCAGGCACUAAAGAGAAUUGGCAGAUCUGCUCUGAAGGAUGACAAAGUCCCAGAUGAUUUGUUGGUUCUAUCAUGUGAAGAAGAUUAUGCAAUUUGUGUCCCUUUUCUUGAGAAAGGGGCAGCAGUUUAUAGUUCAGAGCUGCUACUGAAUGGAAUAGUUACUCAGAAGCUCGAUUAUGAGAGGCAUCGGCUCUUUGCAGAUCAUGUUAGAAGAACACGCUCUACCAUAUGGCUGAGGAAGGAUAAUAAAUUCCUCCCUGUGACAAAAGCAUAAAUGAUGUUUUCUGCUUUCUUUUUUAUUUUAUUUUAUUAUUUUCAGCUUCCUCUGAUCUUUCUUCUUGCUCUUUUUUCCCCCUUUCCCUGGUGUAUCAUCUUCCUUUUUAGGUCGUAAAUGCCUAGAUAUAUGUUUGUUUUAUUUUUUUUUCCUUUAAUUUGUUCAUAAAUUUAACAUCAUGUAUAUUUCCAACAUAUAUUAGUAUAAAUUUGCUGUAACUUUUUCUUAAUGAAAAUUCUUUUCUGAUCCAUAUACUUGAUCAAGCAAUCAUCAAAGUGUAUAUUAGAAUUUGUCAAUGUUAUCUAAAUAUAAAUGAUUUACUACUGAUAUCUUUCAUUUUAGCUGUGGUUUAUAGGCUUGCAACACAUGCUGCAUUCCCUCCGGACCAGUCAAGCAUAUUUAUUUGCAUCGAAAUUUAACGAAUUUAUAAAAGUAUUUUUAAUAAAGUUAUGAAAAAUUAGUUUCUUGACGAAUUCCAACUUGAACCUAAGCAAUUACAAUUAAAAGAAGAGCAAACUUUUUUGUCAUUUGAACAAACAUUUGUUAGCUGAUUUGAACCUGAACCCAAGCAAGCAGUUAAGAGGGGCAAUUUUUUUGCCAUUGGAACCAACAUUGUUGAAAAGAUUCGAACCUAAGCCAUUAAGAGGAGCAAACUC